GUCAGGCUUGUGGGUUCCAGAACUAAGCUUCAAACCGUUUCUUGUCGAUUAUUUUCGCAACAAGUCGCGCCCAAAGGAACGGAUCCGACCCCAACCGCCAGGCCAUUCCAUUCGCAUCGUUCGCCGCAACCAAAACGUGUCGCAAAAUCAAAGUUAACUGAAGUUAAGGAUAAUAUUUGAGAUGCAUUGGACCCUGCCCAGCCUCUAGUCGCCCGAUCCGGCUCAGUUGUGCGCGGGCCAGUGGCCCCCCAGCUUCUGACUCCCUGCCUCCUCCCUUGGCGAAGAACACAGAUUCCCCAUCGCCGACUCCCAGAGGAUUCGGAGGAGACCUGCGAUGAAGACAACCCAGGCCAUCGGCGGUAGCAACAGCGCCAGCGCCAAAGUGCCCAUAGACUACGUGACUCUGAUCAGCGACGACUCGGAUGGUGAGCCAUCCCCGAAGAGGACAGCCUCAGCACCUGCUCCUGGCAGCCAAUCGAAGCAAAAAAUCAACGACGAUGACUCCAACGAUGCCCUUGCAACCAGCACCAGUGCCAGUGGCAGUGCCAACGCCAACGCCAACGAUGAACGUCGUACGAGUCGCCGCAACAAGCCCAAAGUGGACUACACAACAAACAAGCCCAGCACUAGUGGCGAGGCGGCAGGCAGUGAAAAGGGCAGCGCUGGACCCACGGCCAGCACCAGCAACCCGUCGGGGGAGAAGCGCGUCCAGGCCCAGGCACAGUCGGAGCCACGCUCCCGUAAAUCGGAGACUACUGCUGCUGGGGCAUCUGCGGGCGGGGGUUCGGCCAACUCGGGCACGCGCAGUGCCCCAUCCACAAAUGGAGAGUCGCGAAACCGGGAUAUGGGCACGCCCACAGUGCUGUCAGGGGAGGAGGGGGCUGUGUUUCAGUCCCGCUUGCCCUUUGGGAAGAUGACCCCUAACGAGGAGGCCUGCUUUCCCGACAUCAGCCGCUCGGGCAUACUGGGACACCGCGUGUUCCUUAACAUCCGCAACAACCUGCUCCACAUGUGGGUGGAAAAUCCUAAGCUGCAGCUGAGCUUCAGGAGCGCGCUAAAAGCACUGCCGCCGCCCUUCGACAGCGAACCGAACCUAGUGCGGCGCGUCCACUCGUUCCUGGAGCGACAUGGGUUCAUUAACUUUGGCAUCUUCAAGCGCCUAGUGCCCAUUCCGGCCAAGAAGCUGGGCAAGGUGAUUGUCAUCGGUGCGGGUAUCUCCGGAUUGGCCGUUGCCCAGCAGCUGCAACAGUUCGGGAUGGACGUCAUUGUGCUGGAGGCUCGGGAUCGAGUGGGCGGACGCAUUGCCACCUUCCGGAAGAACAGCUACAUAGCGGACCUUGGGGCUAUGGUGGUGACGGGCGUGUACGGCAAUCCGAUGACCAUAUUGAGCAAGCAGAUCGGCAUGGAUCUGGUGCCCAUACACCAGACAUGUCCGCUCUACGGCCCGGACGGCAAGCCAGUGCCAAAGGAGAAGGACGACGUCAUUGAGCUGGAGUUCAACCGACUGCUGGAGUCGGCCAGCUACCUGUCCCAUCGCCUAGACUUCAAUUAUGCCGGAGACUGUCCUGUGUCGUUGGGCGAUGCUCUGGAGUGGGUCAUAAGCAUGCAAGAGAUGCAGGCCAUGAACAAGCGGGCGCAACAUAUGCAGGAUAUUAUUGCUGCCCAGAAGAAGAUCAUCGAGCACCGGAAGCGGAUGAAGGCCGUCAAGCAGACCAUCGACGCCCUCAGAGCCGAGCACAUCUCCAUGGUGAAGAAGCGCUGCCCAAAGGGCGUCGAGAGCGACACGAGCUACGCGAGACAGGAGUACAACAUACGCCAUACCCAGGUUAAGCUGGAAGACACGGUCAAGCAGUUCAAAGAACUCCACGACGAGAACAAACGGAUGGUGUCCAAGCUCCACGAGCUGGAGCAAAACAAACCCAGCGAUGUGUACCUCAACACACGUGAUCGCCUCAUUCUAGACUGGCAUUUUGCCAACCUGGAGUUCGCGAAUGCCACGCGACUGAAUAACCUGUCACUGAAGCACUGGGACCAGGACGACGACUUUGAGUUCAUUGGCCACCACACGACCGUUCGGAAUGGCUACUCUUGCGUGCCCGUGGCGCUCACCGAAAACCUAGACAUUCGCGUCAACAGCGCCGUCAAGGAGAUCAAGUACGGCCCCAAUGGCAUUGAGAUUGUGGCUGAGAACAUGAAGACCAGCAACUCUGUGAUGACAUACAAGGCUGACCUUGCUGUCUGCACACUGACUCUUGGGGUGCUGAAGGUAGCGGUGGCCGAGGAGGAAUCCCAGCAGAAAAACACUGUUAAGUUUGACCCCCCUCUGCCGGACUGGAAGCGGCAGGCGAUACGUCGCCUGGGAUUCGGAAAUCUGAACAAGGUGGUCCUCUGCUUCGAUCGCAUCUUCUGGGAUCCCAAUGCCAAUCUCUUCGGCCAUGUGGGCAGCACAACGGCUAGUCGCGGGGAAAUGUUUCUCUUCUGGAGCAUUAGCUCGUCCCCAGUGCUGCUGGCUCUAGUCGCCGGAAUGGCCGCGAAUAUUGUGGAGAGUGUAACAGACGACGUCAUCAUCGGUCGUUGCAUGUCAGUUCUGAAGAACAUUUUCGGCAAUACCUCUGUGCCCCAGCCAAAGGAGACGGUGGUCACGCGCUGGCGCAGCGAUCCAUGGGCUCGCGGCUCCUACAGCUACGUCUCCGUAGGGUCCUCUGGGAGUGAUUACGACCUGUUGGCAGCACCCGUCAUACCGCCGCCUGCCAGUGGGCAACGCUCGAGCAAGGACGCUGAGGGGCUUCCGCGGUUGUUCUUUGCCGGCGAGCACACGAUACGGAACUAUCCUGCCACAGUACACGGGGCCUACUUGAGCGGGCUGCGCGAAGCCGGCCGCAUUGCUGACUACUAUCUAGGGUAUCCGGAAGGAACGCCGCCCAACAUUGGCUACUCCGUCGCUGAGGCGGCCAAUGCCGUGUGUGUGGGCAAUGUUGUCAAGCUGCGCGACUUCUCGCCCAAUCUCACCGAUUCGCCAGCAUCCAAAAAGUCCGAGGAGAACUCAAACUCAAACACUGCCGAGCCCGAGCCCGAGCCCGAGACCGAGCCCGAGCCCACGGAAGUGCCGUAGCUCACGAGCGUAGGAAGUAGUUUAAGUGUUUCAAUUAGCGCAAUAGCAUCAUCAAAUAAGCCAUUUAGUUAAGGAAGUGUUGUAAUCUUGAAUCUGUAACAGUUUUAGUGUUUGUAUUAUAGAAUCGGCUUGGCUAUAUGAUAGGAAGAGUUUCAGGAUAAGUUAGACCUACGUAAAUACCUAAGACUAUUCCAGAUAAUUUGGAUAAUGCUAGAGACCAUUCAACCAAUUAUUUUAUUUAGCAAUUAAGCAACAAAAGAAGCAAUAUCACCGAACAUAGAAAAAUAUCUUUCACUUGCAUCAGUCCGAACAGAACUGCUCUGCUUUCCAUCUAUCCUAAUUCUGUAUGUCCUUUCACAGAACCGGUUGAUGGGCAAAAAUAGUCGUUCAUACUUAUAUGUUUAAGCGGAUCAAUCGAAGGCGCCCAGUUUGUGGGACAGCUGGAAUACCUCAUUUAAGACAAAUCUACUUCGAGAUUCUGAGUGUUUUUACAUUGUGGAAAUCUGGUUCCCAUCGAUCUAUCAGUGGAGUAUCGUAUCCCCAUCUAACUAGAACUCUUAUUCCUAUGAUAAUUUCGUAUCCUUGUAGGUAUAUGCAUGUAUGUACAUAUGUAAUAACAACAUAUUUAAGGCACAAAUUAGUAUAGCUACCACACUGUCUACGGUUUUAACUGAUCGAAACAUAUUUUAAAAUAAAUACAAAUACAAAAAU